GGUUCUCUGUUUCUCCUCAUCGCGAACCAUUUCCCAUUCUCUUUCUCGAAACCUCAGUAACGGAAAACACGCCUCCGUCGCCGCCAUGGCCGCAAUCGCACGACUCAGGGUCGCCGCGGUGCCGCUGAGGGCCCUCGUUCUCCGGUCUAACCGGGGGUUUGGAUCGGCGGCCGCUGCACAGUGCUACUACGAGGAUGACGAGGAAGAGGAGUGCGCAGCACGCGGCAUGCUUGACGCACAGGGUUGCAAGCCGGAGCGCGGAGUGCAGUGGGUGAUGAUAGGGGAGCCUGGAGCUAGGAGGAACCUCUUCGCGCAGAGGCUCUCGAAGCUUCUAGAAGUUCCUCACAUUUCCAUGGCUACGCUCCUCAGCCAGGACCUCAACCCUCGCUCCUACCUCUAUCACCAAAUAGCAAAUGCCUUAGAUCAUGGAAAACUUGUCCCAGAGGAAAUUAUUUUUGGGCUGCUAAAGAAGAGACUGGACGAUGGGUACUCAAGAGGCGAAACUGGCUUUAUUCUUGAUGGUUUCCCUCGAACAAGGGUCCAAGCUGAGAUCCUUGAUCACAUUGCUCAUGUUGAUCUGGUGGUGAACUUCAAAAGUUCCGAAGAGGAAUUACUUAAAAAGAAUUUUGGAAAUCGAAAAUUUAACUCUGGCCAAGAAUAUAUUCUUAUGACCAGCUCCAGGAACCCAACAAAACAAUUGCCUGAUGAUAAUGUUCAAAGUCAUGAAGACGAGUGCAAGCUGUUGGAAGAUUACUACAGGAAGCAGAAGAAACUUCUGAACUUUGAAUUAGCAGGUGGACAUGGUGAAACCUGGCAGGGACUUCUAGCUGCGCUACAUCUUCAGCAUAUUAAUGCUCUUAGUUCUUCACAGAAGUUAACUGCUUGAAGGGCCACCAAUCUUCUAUGGCAUCAAUCCGUUGUCGGCAUUUUAGUAUGUGAAUAUGAGGGCUACAACAAUUUCAUAGAAAUUUUGUGUCGGUUUCUAUAUUGAUUGUUUUGCAAAAUUUUGAGAAUGCUAGUUUGUUCUGUAGCGAAAAGGUUGACAAGUAUGAAUCAAUACCCAAUGUAUGGUCCUAAAUACUACUAGUGGAAUCGUGUUGUCUUUUUUUUGUUCAAUUAUCCCAUAAUAGUUUUUUCUCUAGUAUUUUUCCUGGUCUCAAAGUCACGUUAUACACCAAGCAUAUCAUGUAAAAGUUAAGGACUCUUAAAUGUCAUAUGUUCACUUUUUUUUAAA